GCUGUUUACAAAACGUACAACUUUUUUUUGUUUACACAAUUUUGUGUGUGCUUAAUGCAAAUAUGAUGGAUACGAAUUCGCUGCAGAAGCCCAAACGUUCGUUUAAGCGCCCCUUUGCGUUUCCCAGGAACUGUGUCUAUCGACCGCUGCGUCAAAUUCACAACAUGGAGCGCAAUCAAAAACCUCCAGCCGAUCAGCCGACAUACUUCACGCUCAAUGCACCGCCCUCGCUGCUGCCAGCCAAGAAAUACUCGGAUAUUAGCGGCCUGCCGGCGCCCUACGUCGAUCCGCACUCAAAGCUGCGCUACGCCAACGCCGAUGAGUACGCUUCCAUGCAGCAUUUGCCCUCGGACAUCAUCAAUGGCUACUUGACCCUGCGCGGAUACACGAGCGCCGUUGGCUAGCAACAGCGAUGCCAAGCCUUGGCAAUCCAGCAAGGCAAAGUUAUAGAUCUAGGUUACCAAACUGUAAAAUAAGCUUAAUAAUUGUAUGCAAAUGUAGUUGAGUAAGUGCAGGAGACGUUCUGCUUAUAAUAAAGUAUAUAUAUAUUUUGACAAGCAA